AUGCGACUUCGUGCCACCUUGUCAGCCAUCUUGGUCAGUGCGAGUGCUCUUGUACACGCAGCACCAUCGAGUACAUCCCAAAAGAGAAGCGUCGACUUCAAUUGGGGCAGCACCAAAGUCCGUGGCGUCAACCUGGGAGGAUGGCUGGUCCUUGAACCGUUCAUCACCCCCUCGAUGUUCGAGUCCCACAGCACGCCCGACUACGCUGUCAUCGACGAAUGGACCCUCUGCGAGAAGCUCGGCAAGCAAGGCUGCUACGACGCCCUCAAACCCCACUGGGACUCGUUUGUCUCUCUGCAGGACUUCCAAAAGAUCCGUGACGCUGGCUUCAACAUGGUCCGCAUCCCUAUCGGCUACUGGUCUUACGUCGAGCCUUGGGGCCCCUUCACUUCAGGCGCAGCCCCUUACCUGGACAAAGCCAUUACCUGGGCGCGCGAGACUGGACUCAAAGUCGUCAUCGACCUGCACGGUGCGCCGAAGAGCCAGAACGGAUUCGACCACAGCGGUCAAAAGCUGGCGUAUCCGGCAUGGGGCGAUGCGGAUAGUCUGGCGUACACGCACCAGACGCUCACGAUCCUCAAUGACAAGUAUGCAAAGCCGGACAUGCAAGACGUGGUCGUCGCCAUCCAGCCCCUCAACGAGCCGUUUCUGGCAAUGGUCCCGCAGGAUACGGUCAGACAAUUCUACCGCGAUGCGUUCUACAAUCUGCGCGAAGUGAGCGAUACGCCCGUCAUGUUCCACGAUGGAUUCGUCGACCCGAGCUGGAUGAAUGGGUUCCUUACGCCUCAGGAUAACGGUGCUCAGGGAGUGAUUGUCGAUCAUCAUCAGUACCAGAUCUUCGGUGACGGCCUUGUGGGCAUGGGCGUCGAGCAGCAUCUGGGUAUGGCAUGCAACGCAGUGGACACCUACGCUACGUCUGACAAGUGGACCAUUGUCGGCGAGUGGUCCGGGGCUCUCACUGACUGCGCCCGUCACCUAAAUGGCUUUGCAUCCGGCUCGCGCAUGGAAGGCAGUUACGCCGGUGCAUCCUACGUCGGCUCCUGCACCGGCAAAUCGGGCCAAGUCGACGCCUGGUCCCAAGCCUGGAAAGACAGUGUACGCAGGUACAUUGAGGUUCAGCUCGACGCUUUCGAGGCCAAGACGCAGGGCUGGGUGUUUUGGAACUUCAAGACGGAGGGUAGCGCUGGAGAGUGGGAUCUGUUUCAGCUGCUUGACGGCGGCGUGUUCCCGCAGCCGCUUGAGGGUCGCAAGUUUGAGAAGUACUGCACGAACUUUUGA